CACGGCUUCCGGCUGUACCCAAAUUCUCUUAUUUCGUAUCCUUGUGAAAUGAAGAAAAGAGAAUAGUAAAUAAUGGAAUGGCGUCUUUUUAUUUGUUCAUGGUGUAUUGUUGCCGUUGGUUUCAUUAAAUUUGGAAUUUGCAAUGAGAACGUUAUCCAGGCAAAUAUCACCCAAUCAGAAGGUGACUGGCAAUCUGCUAUGCAGUUUUGUGGUUCGCCAUUGGGAUCCAGGAAUCCUCUAAACACGUCUUCCGACAUUACCGUGAACGUGUCGUCGUCCGGCGAAAUUAACCGGUUAUCAUGGAUUGCAGCCUAUGCUUUCUAUACCCCGUGGAUAAAAAUGCUAGGAUGUGUCAGGGUCACGGGGGAAACACUUUCGAGCCUCACUGAAAGACAGGCUACUUUGGAGCAAGUUAAUGUAUUCAAUUGUUUUCAGUUUUGUGAUGGACUGACAUACUUUUCACUAAGUCACAAUGGAUGCUACUGCCUCAAUAACUCUUUUCCUUCUGAAAGCACCGGGAGAUGCUAUCCUCAGAGAUGUUCAGGAAAUAAUGAGGACUUCUGUGGAGAAAAUUUAACAAACAACCUAAUAUCCAUAAUGAAUUAUCAACUAGUCACUACAGAGUUUGGGGGUGUAGAGGAAUGCCUAGCUUCCAUGUAUACUGGGAUCUUCACCGAGGACAGCACAAGCUACUACGGCUUCCGGGCACCUGUUGUUUUACCUUGCAGUACACCAGACUUGGGGUAUACUUAUCGAACACGUCUGGCAUUUCCAGCUUCUCAUAGUUUUCGCUUGUAUACUCUACCUGUUGAUUCCUGGUACGAAGCUGUAGACAAUAGUUAUGGAAACCAGUUUGGACUGCUUGAAUUUGUUAUUUUUCGAUUUCGAUUGGCGGACCUUAAUCAGCCAAUAGUAGGAGAUCGGUAUUGGGUUGGAUAUCUUCGCAGGCACAAGAUGGAGUUUGGAGCAGCUAAACCCGCGGGAAAUGACGUACAUUGUGUGGCCGGAAGAGUAAACAUCCUUGGCCAACUUGUUCUGUCAUAUCGCAACUGUAAUGAGAGUUUACCUGUUCUCUGUGAAGUACAAAGUACUGAGGUUACUACUCUGUCGUCGUCCAUAUCAUCUACUAAUACUCACACAGUUGGGUCAACCUCAACGAUAACAUCAAUAGGAAAUAUAAUAGACAAUGCUGAUGUUACAUCGGUGAGCUUUGAUUGGUUCAUUAUCAUUGCAAUUUUUGCCAUCAUCCUCGUAGCUCUAAUAAUACUUGGAGUAUGCUGGAUAGUUCUAACAUUAAGGAAAAAACGAAGAGCCAUUCUAAAUGCCUCAAACACUGACACCAUAGAUUCUGAUGGCGUUUACACGGAGAUUGGGAACGUAUACAAUGCUUUCCCAGAGGGAGAUACAAUUUCAACUCUUUCCGAUCGGCCAUUGUAUACCGAACCCAUUUCACUCCCUGAAAGAAAGAAAAAACGAAGCUCAAGGAGGAAAGAAGAAAAAGAGAAGAAAAGAAGUUUGCCACGCGUACCUGUUGGAGAUUCACCGAAUGGGACAAUAGGUGCUUCAAGAUUAUCUGAUCUUCCAGUUAGGAGAAAAUCCGAUUUUAAUGUGAUCGAAAGUGUCAUACAAAUGUAUGAUGAAGCAACACCAGCUGUUUCACAACCAAAAACCUCACAGAACAUUCCAGACGUGGUUCCACAACAUGAGUAUCAUAUUCUCGAAAAACUCAAGAAUAGCGAAAAAGUAAAGGAUGAUUAUGAAGAUGUCGAAAAAUCUAAUGACAACGUGUACCAUGUGUUAGAACCUAAUCCGUCUCCAGGCGAAACAGUUGGGAAUAGGCACGGUUCAGCAACAAUGCGUGUUAGCAACAGAAUUCCUUUGUCAAAAUGGGUUGGCGGGAGAGCUGCAAAUUAUGAACCUUCGAGAAUAUCGCGUAUUAUUCAUUCACGGGAGGGAAAUUUACAAACUGUCCAAGAGGGAUUUGAGGUCGACUUGAAUAAGAAAAGAACUGCAGUGAGUUUACGGAGCAAGCCUCGUAGAGCAACAGGUAGUACUCGAUCGAGUCAUUCCGCUCUUAAAGCAACAGUAUCUGCCCCGCAAAUAAAAUCAAGAAAUAGUGAUCAUUCCAAAGGACAGGAAACUUCAAAGCAGCCUGCACCUGUGUAUGACUCUAGUGGGUAUAUUGCUCCAUUUUUGACAGAAACUAAAGAAUCUGAUAAACGCGAAUCUUUAUAUGACCAUACGAGAAGAAAUCGCAGAAGUUCAAGAAAAUCCGAGCAAGGUUAUUAUGAUACGUUGGACAGUAUACGUGACUAUGCUGAAACGUCGACAGAUGACACAGAGAACGGUUUAAAUAAAUGAACGGUUGUUUCUUUACUGAUCACAAACGAUAUCAUAAUUUAGCAUCAUUGACAAAGGAUAAGAAAAAACACUGUUCAGAUACAUAUAUUUGCAUGAGUACAAUAUGUUUUAUGUUUAAUUACUGUAAACGUAUCAUAUUUAGCAUGCAUGGUCAUUUGAGGAAUUUUGAGUAAUAUCUUGACACACAAUAGACUUUACAGCCAAUAAUACUAAUAAGUUUAUAGUAACUUCUUAAGGUGGCUCAGUGCAACUAUUUUGUUGGAUCUAUAAAAUAUCGGGGGGGGGGGGGGGAGGCAACAAAAAAUCUUAUUUAUUUUACAUGAUUUAUUCAGAAAAAAUAGGCAAAACAAUAUAUUGUUUGUUGCAAAUUAGAAAUUUGAGUGACCAAAAGUUGCAAUUAUAAAAAAGUUAAGGACAUGUAUUAACAUAAUAAUGAAAAACAAUAUUAGAUUAUAUGCUUCGAAAUUAAUGAAUAAAAAAAUGAAAUGAAAAAAAUAAAAAAAAAAGUACUGAUAUAAGUGUUUGAUAUUUUUUUAGUAAACAAGAUUUCUUGACUUUCAUUUAAAGAUCUUGAUAAAAAUUCUUGCACACAUUUUUCGUCACAAAAUAAAAUGAAAUAUUUUUCUAACUUUUGUCGAUAUUUUAUUAGUUAUUCAUUUUUUGUUAUGACCAACAGCAAACUUUGGGGUCUAAAAGUGCAGAAUUUGCAAGCUAAAACAGAAAAAAUAAAUAUAUACGUUCGAUUAAAAACCUAUUUGAGCUUUAAAAUAUUUGUUUUAAAUUCUUAAUAGCACGAAAAAAAAUUAACGAUACGCUGGGCUAACAUACUAAAAAUUAUUUGUGAGUUGUGAUAAAAUACAACAUAUCCAUUUAUUUAAGUUACCGGCAUGAUUUUUUUUUAAUUUCUGUAAUCCAGUUUUAAAAGACAGAGAUACUUAAACUCGUGAAAAGGAUAAGUAGUAUUUAUAAACAAGUCAUUUUGUCUUUAACAAUUUACUUGAUCAAAUAUUGUUUGAUAAAGGAUAUCAUGUUUAAAUGUUAACAUUACAUCACAUGCACACUGUUGCAAAUUUCAUUUUAUAAUAGGUGUUCCAUACAUUACAAUCACUGGUUUUCAAUAUGAAAUAAAAUUUGCUAACCUAAAAGAACAUUUGAUGUUGUUAUUAAUAUAUAAUAACAAGUUAAACGUACUUCCACGCUUUUCCCAUAGACGUUGUUUUCAAAUCAAUAGAUUCGUCAACAAUUGAAAAUAUUGUCGUUAAAAGGGUUUCAGUGUUUGAAAUUGUUCUUAAAUAAACCCACUGCUCUUAUAAGCAGUAUAGUAAUUCCUUACUUAACGUUUAGUGGUUUCUUUCUGUCACGUGUAAGGGUUAUCAAAAAUUCGUGAUUUCGAUGGUAACCUCGUUAUCACCUUUGGCUGCUAAGAUUCUGAAAUAUUGUUGGUGAUAGUCAAAAGUCUUUUAAAUCAGUUUUAGAUGGAGGACUACACUUUUAACGUUUAUCCAACAGUCUAGUUUUUACUUUCAAAUUCCUAGCAAUGCACACCCACUCUAUUCGAGUGGAAAUCUUUUUUAUAGCUUUAAAAAAUUGUUAAACUGAUCAUGAUUACCUUUUUUCUAGAUUCUGCUAGUACCUAGGGGAGAAGAUUCAGGCAAAAGCUAAAAUGGAUCUCAAAUUACCAAUUAUGCUUAUAUUAGAAAAGGCUGAUUCUAUGAUUUUGCAUGUCAAGAUUUUGUUUAAUGUUGUUUUUUGAUGAAGCUGCUGAGGCCUUAAGCGACAAAAAGACAGUUUAAAUUAUAGGUUUUGGCAAACACUGCAGUUCAGAUUAUACAUGUAAUGGUUUUUUAGCUAAAAAGAUUUAGGUUCAUUGCCUAAAAAUUGUAUUAGCAAUAAAGAUAUAUAUCAAUAGUCCUCAUUUAUGUAUUGACAAGUAAAUUAUGUUUAAAAUGAAAUAAAAAUGAAAAAGAAAUAAUAUUGAAAUGGUACGUUACUAAAAGUAUCAUGUUACUUUAAUAAAAUUGUUUAGCUUUACCUCCCCGGACACAGCGUUUAUAUUGUAGGGAACAACUUUUUUUCAAAUUGUGCCAAUAUUUUGAUUUGAAAGCAUUAAAAAUAUAAUUCUUUUGAAGAGGAAAAAACGAACAAAUAUCAUUAAAUACAUUUUGUAACGUAAUAUAUAUUUCAUUAUCUGUGUUAUGUUACGUAUUACAUAUUCAUUCCUAAUUUGUAAUAUUUAUUUUAUAUCAACAAUU